AUGCAUUCGGCAUCCUUCUGCGGUAAAAGGUACCUAACAGCUGUUGACUCCUCAAAUACACUGUCUUUCUCUUUUCCUGCUUGCGCGUUUUCAACGCGUAGAAUCGUUUACAUCGUCAUUUCAUCAUUUUUUUUUAAUCAUAAAUCUAAGCAAAUUAUGCAUAAAAAUGAUCAAUAUAUCAAAGAUAAACAAAUCGAUAGAAAUGAUUUACUCUUGAAGGAGAAUGUAUACUUAAGUAAUGAACUAGAAAAGUUGAGGAAAAUGGCUGAAGAAUCUCAAUCGAUGUUUGAACGUAGUCAAUUAAAACAAACUGAAGAUAACGCUGAAUUGAAUCGAUUGAAACAAAGAGAAAGUGAAUUAACACAUAUGAAUGCUUUAUUAAGACAAGAUUUACAACUGAAAUCAACAGAGAAUGAAAAACUUCAAAAACAACUUUUAUAUCAAGAAAAGACUUACGAUAAUUUAUUAUCAGGUAAAUUAAUACAACCAAAUAUAACUCAAGAAUUGGAAGCUUUAAAAACUGAACGUCAAUUGUUCGCAGAUCAUAUAAAGAAGAUUAAUGAAGAGAUUUGA